AUGUCUCCCAAGAUUCUUCAUGUCGGAGUUAUUGGCGGUGGCGACGUCGCGCAAAUCGUUCACCUUCCGACGUUCAUGCUUUUGUCCAGCCUCUUCAAGGUCACCACCAUCUGCGAUGUUUCACAGAAGACGGCUGACCAUUGUCGUGCCAAAUUCGGCAUCCCCUACGCGACCACAAACCCUGACGACAUAUUUAAUGAUCCGGCCAUUGAUGUUGUCAUGAUUCUGACGUCCGACGAGUAUCACGCUCCGUAUGCCAUUGCCUCUUUGGAGGCUGGGAAAAGCGUCCUGGUGGAGAAACCUAUGACGCUAAGCGUGCAGGCCGCUGAGGAGAUCAUCGAUGCUGAGACCAAGGCCCCCAACAACGCCCGCGUCUUCGUGGGGUACAUGCGACGUUACGCUCCCAGUCUUCGAGCCUUUAAACGCGAGAUCGAGUCCAUUGACAAGAUCAAGUACGCUCGUGUCCGCGAUAUCAUCGGCCCCAACGCCUAUUUCAUCGGGCAGUCGGGGGCGCAUCCACAGAAGUACAGCGAUGACAUACCGACUGGGGCGUCAGAGGACAGAAAGGCACGACUGGCAGUCUUGCUCGGUCAGGCCUGGGGCCAAGCGCCAGAAUCUCUUACCAACGCGCAGAUGGACUACUGCUGCAUGCUGGGAAGCCUCGGAAGCCAUGGUCUCAGCCUGAUGAGGGAGGCACUCGGCGGUCUCCCGGAAUCAGUCCUCGCUUCGACGGAUAACGCGCGCUGGUACACGGCAAUGUUCGACUACCGAAAUGGCACCGGCCCUGAAGACCGCUUCACGUGUCUCUACGAGAUGGGCAUCGACUCCGUACCGAGAUUCGACUCUCAUGUCGCUGUCUUCGGGGAGAAUAAGUCGGUCACGAUCUGUUACGAUACACCGUUCGUUAAAGGUCUCGGCAUCACAGUCGAGAUUGACGAAUUGAAUGAGCACGGGGAAAAGUCCCACAGGUCUCUUCAAACCUCUUACGAAGAUGCCUAUACCGCCGAGUUGAAAGAGUGGUAUGAAACUGUCGUUAACGGCAAAGAAAUCAAGACGACUGCCAAGGACGCUCUAGAUGACUUGAAACUGUUCAAGAUGAUGAUGGAUAAAUACCCCGCCCACAAAAGGAUCAAGGGUUCAUCCGACAGCAUGGUCUUCUUACCGAGUGGCCCUUGA